UUGUCUGCUGAGACAGAUACACAAGAGAAGUAUUCAGAGUCAGAUUAUUUGCUGGGAAAACAAACAAGGGAGCCACAAAGGGAAGAAGAGGAUCAGGGUGGAUCGGGGACAUGCUCCCAGGGAACUGACACAGAGCCCAGCAGUGUAGUGAGUUUAUCGGAGAGUGACACAGCAUUUGAUAGAAGUGAAGAGAAUAUUGUUGAACAAGUAGAUCAAUCUAAUGGUGAGAAAAGUCUAGAUGUCUUGGUGGAGAACAUAACCGAUGAGAGACAACAGGUAAUCAUUUCAAAUGGGAAGGAGCCAAAGACUACCGAGAGAAGGCAGGGGCAGACACCAAGGAUAGAUGCAGAAGAGUGCCAAGAAGAGCAAACCACGUUGCCGGCACCCACCAUUGAGGAGAGUGAAAAGGCUGAAAGGCUAAGAUCAGUCACUCAGGACAUUGUGGUUCCUCAAGUGGCAGAGAACUGCUCCAUAAACUCAAGGAAGGAACCCCCAGAAACGCUCUCAGGUCGGAGCAGCAGACAUCAGCGAGCCAGUGUCCAGCAGGCAGCUUUACCCGUUGCAUGUAGACGAUCCCCUCGGGGUAGUAAGGGGUCCCGCAGGAAAGCAGAGAGCAAGGAGCAAGUAUCUUACUCCCCAGCACAGUGUACAGUGCCCUGCAAGACUCUUAUUGAGGAAAAAGAACACACAGUUGGCUUAGGUCCUGAUACAGAAGAAGACGAGAUUUGUCCUAUAGAAGAGUCUAUUGUAGAAGAAGUUGUUGGACCAAAUGUGUCAGCAGAGGAAUUGGACAGUCUGGCUACUACUGAAGAGCAGCCGAUGCUGGAAGCAGAUCAGAGCCCAUCAGCUGAAUCGAUAUGGAAGGCAGACGAUGGGAGUCUUCCAGUGCAGGCACCAGCAAAAGAACCACCUUCAACUGAGAGUGGAGAUCAGCAGGGCAGCCAUAGCAAGACUCACAAGGUGAACCGGCUCAAGGCUGAUGUGGAUGAAGAAUUGGCUCAGAUAGGUAAAAAGAGGAUCAGGAAGGACACCAUGACAGAGCUGCUGAUGUGUGAAUAUGAGGACUGCGGGAAGAUUUUUUCUAAACGUCAAUAUCUGAAUUAUCACCAGAAGUAUCAGCACAUGAAUCAGCGCACCUUCCGCUGCUUGGUGUCUGACUGUGGGAAGAGCUUCAACUUUAAAAAGCACCUCAAAGAGCAUGAAAAGAGACACAGUGAUCGGAGGGAUUUCAUCUGUGAAUUCUGUGCCCGGGCUUUCCGCAGCAGCAGUAACCUCAUCAUUCACCGG